AUGUCUCGCUCUCUCUCUCUCUCUCUCUCUCUCUCUCUCUCUCUCUCUCGCUGUUUCUCUCUUCAUUUGUACGCACAAAUACACACGCUCUCUCUAUCUCUCUCGUCGUUUUUAUCUAUUUCUUUAUCUUUAACAUUUUUUUCCUCUUUCUCAAGCUAUGUUAUUUUCUUUCUCUCAAUCCCCCUCUCUCUCUCUCUCUCUCUCUUUAUUUCUCUCUCUCGACUAUUUGAUACAUUUUUUCACUCACUUUUUCUCUCUCAUGAUUUCUUUCUUUUGCACGUCUCACUCCUUCUUUCCUUUCUUCCUUUCUUCCUUUCUCUCUCUUCCGAUCAUUUUAUUAUUUUUAUACUCUGUCUAUUCUUUGAUGUGUCUUUCUUUCAAUCAUUUUAUUUCAUUUAUAAUCAUUUUCCUUUGCUUUCAUUCAUUAUCUUUCUCUUUCUGUCAUUUUAUCAAUCAUUUUCUUUAUAUAUUUCAGUCCCGUGUCGUCUGUUUUCCUUUCUUUUUCUGUCAUUUUUUUUCUCUCUUCUUUUAACUCCCUCCCACCCUCUUUCACACAAUCAUUUGCUUUGCAUUCUUCCUCUUUUUUUCUUUCUCUCUCCCUUCCUAUCUCUCUUUCAUCUCUUUUUCGUUCUCUCUCUCUUUCACUCUCUCUCUUUUUCUCUUCUCCUCCUGUCAAUCAUUUUAUUUUUAUUUCAAAAUCUUCCGUUUGUAUUUCCAUCUCCAUUUUUCUAUCAAUGA